AUGACAGAUUGCCUACAGAUUCCGGCCGACAGAGAAUGUUUCCUUCAAUGCGACCCUGUCGUUGUUUUGGGAGAGAAGAUCAGUCAGGUGCCGUUCCGCCGCCGGACUCUGGGCGGUGAUCGGCGCCGUCAUCAUCUCGGGUAUCUGGAUCAGGUGGCACUCCACGCUCAACUGCACCUCAUUGACGGCUCCAUGAAUUCUCCUGUGCGUUCGGCCCUACUCAAUGCCGUUGACUGCCAGAAGCUUUGGGGGCCAGGCUUAAUCAUCCCGUGGCUCACCGAGCCGUCGCGCCGUUUUCCAAUAGACUCAUUGCUCGGUCAAGGGACGAGCGCGGCUUUCUCGUGUACGGAGUACGGAUGGAUAGCCGGCUGUCGUCGCCACCUACCAUCGGGUUCUGCAUGUGGAGAGGACGCGUUCGCUCCCCUUGAGCUGAUGGAGCCGGGUCUCGUCGGGUUGCCUGCCAUGGAAGCUUUUCCCAACCAGCAUGUCCCACUCUCAACGACAAGAAAUCAUCAUGUCGAGAUCCCACUCCAUCGACGAAGCCAUUUCAAAAACUGCUGGAUCAGCGCUGAGGUGCUUGUCAGUCUCCGCUACGUUGGCUGGUUGGCACGUUCUCAGACUUCGAAGUCUGUUCACUCACCUGGGUCCCCGGGCUCAUCGGCGACCUUAACGUUGCUGCUAUCAACACUUUGGGCAUGGACCUCCCAUGUCUAG